AUGACGGCUUCAAACAGUAUCACGCUAGACAUGUUGCGUCCACACUUCGAAGAGCCUUUAACCAAGGUCGCUGCAGGCUUUGGAAUCUGUGUAACGUUGCUGAAGAAAAUCUGUCGACGACAUGGUAUCGCUCGCUGGCCACACCGCCAGAUCACGGGCUUGCGUAAAAGUAUUGCUUCUAUGGAACAUGCUAUUGGCUACUUCGACGGCGCACGACGCGAUUCGUAUGCGCAGCAGUUGUUGAAGCAGAAGAACAAACUCGCAGCGUUGUUAAAAGAUCCGACGUCUAACAACCCGCUUCUCGCGUCAGAAGAAGAUCACCGCGACCAGAACGUUAAGAAGCAGACCGAUCUUUCACUCUUGCAUGGUACUGACAAUGCGUACAAGAUGAUGCCUGCUCUACCAGCCCGUGCUUCGUCGCCCACUGGUCCAUUGUUACUGGAGUCUCCAUACCAUGACGUUUCAUCUGGGGCUGUGCAUUUGCCGGGAUCGCCGAUGUGGCUUCCACCUCUCGAAUCUAGCUGCACUCACCCGUAUCAAGAACUCUAUCCUUCGUCAGUACUAAAGCAAUCUCAUCGAGAACUUUAUCCGACUACAAACUACUGGCCGUCCAGCUAUAAUAGUCCGACGUCACCGAUAUAUUUGCCUCCACUACGACCUGAUCCAAGAGGAGUGCUGCCACCCAUUUCGUCACUUGUGGUUAGCAAAAACAAAAUGUAUACACCGUCUAUGCCGACGGUAAGCUGGUGA